GUUUGUUUGCUUUCAGAGCUGGGAUUAAAAUGUUUAUACUUGAGACCACUAUGAGGAUAUGAGUUGAGAUAUGUCCUGAUCACUCCCGUCUCCCACCACCACCCACUUCUCUCUGUUUUUAACCUUAUAAGGUUUUACUCCUUUUCUCCCUGGAUGUUUUUUUUUUCCUCAUCAGUGAGGGAACAUGGGUUCUCUACAUUUCAUUUUCAUUCUCAAACUUGAACUUGAAUCCAGAGGACAUGCAAGUGAAGUCCACCAAAAGUACAUUUUCUUUCUUUGACAUCUUUUGUCUCUGGAAUCAUAAUGUUUCCUGUGUCUUCCUAUGGCCAGGACUUUACUCAAAGCUAAGGAUGAAACCACUGACAAAAAAGGUUCAGGCUGUUCCCUAUGACUGAUGUUACCACUAUACAAUCUCCCUGUCCAUUCCUUCUGUUCUUUGAGGUUUGUUUAUUCACACGAUGGAUUCUUACUGAUCACCUACGUUGUACCACGCUUGGGGCUAUUGCUAGAUUCCCAAGAUGAACAAGAUAGGCAUCUUCUCUGCCUGCUCUGAAUGGUGCUCACAGUAUAUUGGAGGACGUAAAUAAAUAGAUGGUCACAAUCCAGAGUGACACCUAUUGUGAUGGGUGAGGCACAGGGGCAGGGAGGGCAUGAGCCUGAAUUUUUUUGUGAGAGGGUAAGUAGAGAAGGCUUCCUAGAAGAAGGGACAUUUAAGCUAAGAUCUGAAGCUUGGCUAGUCUGAUGAAUGAGAGAGGGAAGACCAUUCCAGUCCAAGAAAAUAAGAUGGGCAAAAGUCCAAUGGUGAGACUGCAUCUAGAUCUUUUAAAUAAUUGUAUAAUUGGUGCAUAAGGUGUGAGGGGGUGGGAGGGUGGUCCAUGAGGAACUGAAAACAUCUAUAAUAAAUGCCAGUAUGAUCAAGGGUCUUCAGGCCAUGUUAAGAAAUUUAGUUUAUCCUGAGAAUAAUGAGGAGACACUGAAGGAUUUUCAGUUGAGGCAAUAAAAUCAGAUAUGAUUUAUAGAAAGCUCACUCUUUCUGUGGUGAGGAGACCAGAUGAUAGGUGGGUAUGCCUGGAGGCAAGGGGAACCGUUGCCCUAAUAUAUGAAACAAAUAAUAUUGUCCUAAAUGACAGCAGUGGUAGCUGGCACUGAGGAAAUGGGUAAAUAAGAGAAACGGGUCAUUUUAGCUAUAUUGAGACAGUAAAAUUGUCAUAAUUUGGUGGUAUUUGCAUGCAGACAGGGUGGAAGGAAAAAUGAUUCAAUAAUGAUAUCCAGGUUUCUGGCCAGAUGAGCUGUGUAGAUAGCAGUGAUAAUGAUUUCAGCAUUAGAUACGCCUUUAACCAAUUCCAAACUCCUUCUCCUGUAGCUGUGCUUUUUGAAGUAUUGGGAAAAUAUGUUGAAGAUUUUUUUGACUCGUGAAAUCUCCAGAUGGAUUAAUGUCAUACUGUCCACUCAAAUACCACAAGAAUUAUGCCAAUAAUUACCUCCAGCCUAGCUGCAAAAGUAAAUGUACUGGAGUAACACUUAUAAAGUUUAAAAAAUUUCUUCUCCCACUACAAACCUUCUCUUUCCCAUGGCACCAAGCACAGGCACUUGAAAGUAUUCAGUUGAACUAUAUGAAACUGCCAUUUUUGUAGGACCCAAGCUAUUAAAUAUCAGAGAUUUUAUAUAAUUCAACCCCACACUAGAAGAUCAACAUUGGCAUAUUGCAUAAUUUUCAGAGUUCACAAUGCAGGGCUUACCAGUUCCAUUCGAUUAAUCCAACUUUCUGCUUACAGACAAAUGGAAUGGGAAAACCUGACCAGUGUCUCAGAUUUUUUCCUUCUGGGGCUCUCCCAGCAGCCAGAGCAGCAGGGAGUCCUCUUCGGGUUGUUCCUGCCCAUGUACCUGGUCACAGUGGCAGGCAACCUUCUCAUCAUUCUGGCCAUCUUCACUGAUGCUCAGCUCCACACUCCCAUGUACUUCUUCCUGGCCAACCUUUCCCUCGCUGAUACCUGCUUUGUGUCUACCACGGUCCCCAAGAUGCUGGCAAACAUAUGGUUCCAGAACCAGGUCAUCUCAUAUGUGGGAUGUCUAUCACAACUCUAUUUUUUCAGGCUGUUUGUGAUGCUGGAAGCAUUCAUCUUGGCCGUCAUGGCCUAUGACCACUAUGUGGCUAUAUGCUACCCACUCCAUUACCUCAUGGUCAUGAGCCCUGGUCUCUGUAUCCUCCUAGUGUCUGCAUCCUGGAUCGUGAAUGCCCUCCACUCCCUCCUACACACACUCUUGAUGAACAACCUGUCCUUCUGUGCAGCCCACGAGAUCCCACACUUCUUCUGUGACAUCAACCCUCUUCUGAGUCUGUCCUGCACAGACCCCUUCAUCAAUGAGCUGGUGAUUUUCACUGUAGGGGGUCUUGCAGGCUUGGUUUGUGUGCUCUGCCUGGUUAUCUCUUACGCAUACAUCUUCUCCACAAUCCUGAAGAUGCCCUCUCAGGGGAAGCGGAAAGCCUUUUCCACCUGCAGCUCCCACCUCUCUGUGGUCUCUCUAUUCUUUGGGAGUUCCUUUUGUGUUUAUUUCAGUCCCCCCUCAGUCCGCUCAGCACAGAAGGGCACAGUGGCAUCAGUGAUGUACACAGUGGUAACCCCAAUGCUGAAUCCCUUUAUCUAUAGUUUAAGGAACAAAGAUAUCAAGUCUUCCCUGAGAAAGCUAAUGAGGGCUAGGAAAAUGCAUUCCCCUUAGUGGUAGUGACCUCACAUCCACUCUGUGGGUCCCCACCCAACUACAUUCACCACAGUCAAGCAGUGAAGAAUGAGAGAGGGAGAAAAGUAGAGACCUUCUUUCCAGGACUCGUGAUCGGAACUUGAAAUGUUCAUGCCUAAGCUACAGGAUGGCAUCAGGACAAACCCAUCAUCAGGUCAAUAUCAUUAGCUUAAGUUCAUAUAAUCAUAAUGUUCUAAAAUUAUAGCCAUCCAGUUGUAGAGUAUAAUAAAGAUGUGCCUGAAUCUUUCAUAACAACAGGGGACAGCACACAACCAGAAUAAGGGAAGAGCGGAUUGUGCUAUUGCAUUUGGCCAAGAAUAAACUCGAGGGAAGCAGGACUUUCCCCCACCAUCACGAGGACCUUGGUGACUUGGCUCCCUAUCAAUAGUGUUUUAACACUGGACCUCCACAGGUCUGUGAAACCCCCGGGCUGAAAGACGAGGCACUGGGACUGGGAAGGGUUUGAUGGGGGUGGAUUCUUUAGACAGACCUACUGCAAUAUUUUUAUCCAGCAUCCGAAACCUCUGUUCCUCAUAACACCUUAAAUUUCAUUUGAAAACUUUACUUUUAUCUUUGGGGAAAUUUGUUCCAAGUCAGUUUCAUCGCACCACUUGGUGUAAUGCCUGGCACCACUAACAUGUGUGAAAUCCCACUGGCACAGCUGCAGUCGUAAAGUUAGGGAUCAGGAAAAGAAUGAUUUUAUAAACACUUCGCAUCUCUUGCCUGAAUGAUUGAAAUCCCUCCUGGACAUUCCCUAGUCCCCAGUUUCUCCCCAUUCCAUCCACUCUGCACACCACUAUCAGAUGAAUCUUCACAGAAUAUAAUUAUAUCACCAGGACCUCAACCCUAUUAGAAAUCUCAAGUAGUUUUUAUACUGCCUGCAGAAUAAAGUUCCUACUAUUUACUCUAGCAUUUAGAUCCACCAAUACCAGUGCAAAACAAUACAGCCACAGUUAGCCCACACAGUUCUAGAUUUCUCCCAAGAUCAAUUCAGGCCAAUACAUUGAUUAUUAUUGAUGGUUACCAAAAAGCUACGUCAGUAAAAGCUGAGACAAAUAUAUGUACAAUAGGGUACAUCAAAACCAAUUAGAUUCUGGAAGAACAUAAAGACUACUACAGGGUGAUAUUCUUUCAUUCUUGUCUGCUUCCCUUAAGGCAUCUGGGUUGCAAACUUUGAGAAUACAGAUUGUGAUUACUAUAAAUAAUACCUUCUCCUGUGGAAAUAAAUUGUUGAUAGCUCACCUGCUCCCUCUUCAUCUUACAGUAAGCUCACACACCAUCUUCUGUCAAUAAAAAUAGUACAGCAAAGCGGUAGAGAGCAUUGGCUCUAGAGUUAGACAAGCAAGUCCAAAUCUUGGCUUUGCCACUUUUAAGCUGUGUGACCCUAAGAAGUUCCUUAACCUUUCAAAGCAAGUAUAACCUACCUCACUGAGUUGUCAGGAAGUUUGAAUGUGAUAAUAUAUGGAAAGCAUUGUUCGUGAUAACUUAGAUAUGCAUGUAAGCAUGGAAAGGGAUAAUUCUUGGACUAUAGUAUAUUUUCAACAAAUGUUAGCUAUUGCGGUAGUUCUCAUUAAAAUUAAAGGUCAGUAAGCAGCAGAUAAUGUGAAUUCACUCUCAAGCUCUGCUGAUAAGGAAUCACCUCAUCAGUCUGCCCUGUGAAAUUAGAAGGCAUUCUGUGCUGAAAUCAUUCUUUUGGAGAACAUGAUGGGAUCUUAAAGUAGGAUUGCUUUCUUAUGGGAUUUAUGUGCAGGGAAGAGUUCAGUCUACCUUUGAAAUCAAGCUUACUAGGCACUUCAACUUAAAGUGAAAAUUUACCUACUUAAAUACACAGGUUUGUACCGUCCCAUAUUCCCUCCUAAUUUAUUGACAGACAUGCAUCUUUCACUGUUUAAAUUAAUAUUCAUCAAUACUUGAGUUCUACUUUUUAAAUUAAAAUUAAGUGUUACUCUUUCACAUUUAUCUUUUGUAUAUGAAUUUCCAUAUAUCAACACAGUUUUCAUGUUUGCCACAGUUAUACAUUCUGAGGUGUGCCAAGACACCCUUACACCAAGUUCUGUCAGUUUGUUUCACUGUACUGUUUGGAGAUUAAUUGACGUCUUUAAAAUAUGAAAAAAAUCACUUCCACAGGCAUUGCUUUACUGUGUGAUUUACUCUCCUAGACUAUAUUCUUAAAAAUAAAUUCAUCCACCUAUACUUAUGAAUAGUUUUAAAGCUCAUAUUCUAUACUGCCAAAUUGCUAUGAAAUAAAACUGCUUCCCCAAGGUCUCAUCAACAUACCAUCACUGUUGUUAUUUCUUUUACUAGCUUAACAAAUACAUAAAAUAAUAAAAUAAUUGGUAAAGAUGACAAUUUUUCCAUAAGUAUUGAAAAUGGAAAAUUAUUCCUAUCAUCUAGGAUUACAGCAAAGUUGCUAUAUUGUUACUUCUUACCCACUAGAGCAUUUUUUUUUUAUGGCUGCACCAGCGGCAUAUGGAAGUUCCCAGUUUAGGGGUCAAAUCAGAGCUGCACCUGCUGACCUACACCACAGUCACAGCCACAGCCACACUACA